AGAGAGAACUUGUUUGGCAUUUCAAAGUUUGCAAAAGUGCUGAGAUGGCGCAAAGGGAUUUGAAAAUGCACCCAGCAGCCAGCCUUCUGAAAGAUCGAACAAUGUUUUGCCACAAUGAAAAGCCAACUGAUCCAGGGCAAUGUCAUCUUUCAAGGAGUCGGUCUUGGCGGCGGCGGCGGUCAAAUAGUUUCACCAUCUGCACCUUACCAAGCAUCCCAGAAUAUCCAGGCUUCCAGGAUGUUAAGCAAAAUAAUCAUUCCAGAGGUUCCAACUCUUGCUUCACACUGCUGGAUCUGGGAAGAACAAGAUUUGAAAACCCACCAAACAGAAGCUCUGAGGGUCUAGCCAGAAACUUGGGUAACUCGGCAGUCCACUUCGCUAAAGGGCACAAUAAAACCAAAAGUAGUGUUUGUGACCAAUCUUUGCAAGAUUAUUUCAGUGAGAGACUUCUGAAGCUUAGAAACUAUGAAACCAAAAUGUCAAACGGGAAGGUAAAAGUCUAUCUUAAUGAGAACCAGAAUCCCAGCUACACCAGCAAGGGACUAAGGCGGAGAAGCACCUGUAGUGCCAUGAUACAGGCGAACGACAUGAAAUUGACAGAAAAAUCCCGUGAGUCAGUGGAUCCAGCCAAUGAAUACAUAACAAUUUGCUGCAGCAACCAUGGUGACACUCAGAAUAUUGAAGAUUGCUCUCAGAGAAGGAGCUAUUUAGAAAGUUUGACUUUGAGCAUCAACGGUCCCCUAGAAAUGCUUGUGCGAAGGACAUAAUUUUGGAUCAUUCAAGCAGAUAUUAUAAUGAACAAUUUUCCACUACCUUUCAAUAAAGGCACAAUGACAUUUCUUAUGCUACAUGAUAGAUAAAUUAUUUGGACAACUGUACAGCUUCCCAUGAUCAGGUGGGAAUAUUUAAAUUGCAGUCUGGAAUAAUAUACAGGGUUGGCUCAAAACUUAGCCAUGUUUAGCAUAAGCCCAAUGAAGUCAUUCUUUUUCACUGGAUCUGCUCUA